AUGCUGGCCUCGUCCAACGCAGGCGAGUACCUGUGCGUCGGGGACUACAUAUGUCUGUACUCCGUGGAGACCGAGGGGUACACGUAUAGUCUUCAGAGCAGCUCCGUGCAUAGCCAACUGUACCUGUACCGAGGCCAAGAGAAGGACAAACCAACCAAGAUACCAUGCGCACAAGCAUGCGUAUUCCAAGUGAGCAUUCAGAACCGCUACAAGCUUAACAAGAAGUACCGGAAGUACCUCGCACAGGCCAGUUCUUCCGGUAACCUGUUGGAGGACACGGGCGCUUUACCGCAACACAAGCUUGCAGCGGAGGCGGAGAAUGCGGACAACUUACAGGAGCAGCGGCGACAGAUGGGCAAGAGGGUCAGAUAUGGGGAGAUCAUUCAGUUACGCCAUGUGUUCACGAACAAGUUCGUCCAUAUGUGGACCUCACAGACGUCUCAGAUUGACAAGAACAAUAUGCUGGUACUACUUCAAGAGUUUAAUGCCAAGAAUGCGCAGUUCCGAAUUUUGCCUCAGUACAAGGUCAAAUCGGAGGGCGAAGUGGUACAAAUCUACGACCAAAUCGUGUUUGAAAGCAUCAAGUCUCCAGGACAUUUCCUGCACGCAAGCUCGGCCUUCCAGAUUGACCACUUCACAGUGGGGUCAGAAAUUAACCUUGGUGUGGAGAGGUCAGGUUUCACUCUUAUCCGAUUCCGAAAAAUGGCGACACAGGACUCGGCUCUUUAUGUCCGGGGAGGGAGUGUUAUCCGACUGUUUCACAAGGAACUUGAGGCGUACAUGGUGGCGGAGGGACUGUUUGAUGACGAAGUAGCAGAAGACGUUCAUUUCCGGAUCCGUGUUAUGGAUCAGCAUAAACCACGUACACUUUCCCCACCCACUUCCGGUAAUACGUUCUGGACGAUAGAGGCCGAAAAUAAUAUUUUCAACGGCGAUAUUCUGCAAUGGGAGCAGCAAGUGCGCCUACGUCACAUGACCACCCGAAAGUACUUGUGCAUCGAUGGUUCACGUGAGAUUCUUCUAAUCGACGACUGCGAAGAUCCACGCACAGUGUUCCGACUUCACUCCGUUAUAAAUGAAAGGGAUGAAAUAAGGUUCGAGAGCUACUGCCGAAUAGAACACGUAUUGUCGGGAUUUUGGCUUCAUGCUCUGAAGGACGAGGACUACAUACGCCGGAAAUUCCGGGAUAUAGAGAACGUCAAUGACCAAACUCUGAAAGGUUUGCGAUGGGACAGCGCCAUGGUCCGCCAGGUGUCCGCUAGCGGAGAGAGCCAGUAUGACGACGCGUUCACGAUCCAGAUGGUGGAAGACGAACACGUGGACGAGUUCAACUACGUCGCCGGAAUGGUGCCGUUCCUACGAAAUCUGAUCAAAGACAGACAACAAGGCGUGAUAUUAAAUUCUAAGAAAACGCACCAGCUUUUGACGGCGAUGGAGGAACUAAGAAAGUACAUGCUGAUGAAGUCCGGACUGCCCAGCAAGAACCGCCAGAAGCUCAUGCGGAAUCUGAAGGUGAUCGACCUUCUGGUGCGCAUCCUGCAGUUCCCGCUAGAGGGCGUCCCGGACGAACAGAACAUCAUCCUCGUAUUCAAGGAGGCGUACGAGAUCCUGUACACGUACAUGAUCGGCAAGAGCCGGAAGAACGCGCUCUACUUCGCCAAGUACAUCGAAUUCUUCCAGACACAGUUCACGCAAAAAGGAGGUAUCGGUCUGAACGUGGCUCAGAUGAUAGUGGAGCUGAUACGAGACAAGAGGAAGAUUGUGGACAGAAUCUCGCACUCGCAGAUCGACGAGUUUGUACGCCUACUACAAUGCAGUCAGAAUUAUCGUUUCCUGGACCUUUUACACGUGCUGUGUGUGUGUGAUGACGUCGCCAUUCCGAACAACCAGACGUACAUCGUAGAGAGAUGGAUGCUGUGUGAACAGAAAGGGAUCUUCGCGACCGCACGUGGUCAAGACAUCAACCGCCAGCCUAACAUUCUGUAUAUCUCAACAGAUGGGAACAAGACCUGGCUAGCACUUCACGAAUUUGUAGAUGAGAGACACCCUCAGUAUGACAAGGAUAAGCACGAUUUUCUGCUUCACCAGCUCGACCUGUACAUCGCACUCUGCAAGGGUCGUAACGACUUCGCGAUCAAUAUCAUCACCAAGGAGAUGCGUUUUAUGACGUGGGAGGAAACAUUCCUGGCGCUCAGGUCCGAUAUACUUCCGGACGCUAUCAGGGCCAAGUACUGCGACAUCACAACAAGCCUGUUCGUUGAUAUUGGGAACAACUAUUCAGUGUUGGCCCACCCGAACAUCUGCUUUGUCUACGACUACGUGGGGUCUAAAGACGAAGAAAAAAGUCAGGGGGAUUUUAUUGUGAAAGAGCUCGUAGCGAUAUUCCCCGUGCUUCGAGACUGGAUAGCAGAGUUCUUGUCCGAGAACAAGUGUAUGUACGCCUCCGAGGUGGGACACAACAUGCUGAUAGAACAGGUUGUUCGUCUGCUGUACUACCUGGUGAUGUUCGGCUACUACAUGGACGCAGAGGACGUUCAGAAUCUUCUGCCGCCACUGCUCAACCUUUUGGACGGUCGCCACGACUUCCCGUUUCCCAGCGAGAAGGAGAAAGGUUUCACGAAAGAUGAAAAGAAGCGUAUACAGCAGUUUCAGUUGAACGAUCGCUUCGAGAAGAGCAAGGAAACAGACGCCAUAGUGAACGCAAAAUACCAAGUACUUGAAGUGCUCGACCUGCUGUUGACAUACCAACGCAACUCCAGACUACAGAGUUUCGUGUCAAAGUUCAAGGUCGCCGAGCAGAUGAGCACAGCCGGUCGAGGUCAGUCGGUGAUGGCGCAGCUGCUUGACGAAGAAUUCAAUCCGCAUGACCAGAAAAAGAAAGGCCUGUCGGUGCAGAAAAAGGUUACUAAGGAGUUGAAAGACAUGUUCAACAUGUCAGCCAUAUUCGACGUCGAUUUCCUUACUAAAGUACUUAUGGAUUUGUCGAUGUACAAAAACAACAGAGUGAUCAUCAAGUCUCUGAACAUUCUGAACAAACUGUACUCUUCCAAGAUGAACAUGUUCAACAUUUCCAAGAAGGCGCAGAUAUUGCUGACGCAAGACUCUGCCCGGGUCCACCGCGAGGUCCUGAAGAGCAUGCCGAUACUGCGGCGUCUUUCGAAGGCCAAGCUGGACGACCAGCAGGUGAAACUCAUGGGCAACAUCCUCGACGACCUUGCCGAGUUUUGUCACCUGCCGAUGACUCCGGAUGAGCCCCAUCCUAUGAAUCAGAACAUCAUGAUCAGCAAUGGAAUCUUAGACGUUUUGUUCGACAUUUUGGUACAGGAUAUCGACACUAAACUCCUGAAAAUCUACGGCGGCAUGACGGACAUCUUUAAGAAGGCGUUCUACCUGUUGAAGUUGCUUGCCCGAGAGAACCAGCGCGUACAGCAUCACAUCAUGGAGCGUCUGGACAUACUGCUUGACGUGCGGGUAGUGGAGUCUGAUCUCGCCAUCGCUCUGAAGGAGGUAUUUUGUGGCAACCAAGCUACGUGUCUGAAGAUAAGUCCAAGACAGAUUCAGAAAAUUGUCAACCGUGCAGCCGACCUCCAAGACCGGGCGCCAGAGUUCCUUGACCUCCUCGGUAUGAUUGUGAAGGUGGUGGGAACCAAUCUGACACUGAAGCGGAACCAGGCUUAUGUGAUGAAGUACAUCAUGCAGAACUACAAGAAGGUCGCAUUUGUCCUUGACAUGUCUCGAGAAGAGAGGUCCCAGAUACUCACAAAUCCUCGGGAGAUAUCUCGUCUGCGAUACUACAUCAGUCUACUGGACUUGCUGGCGGCUUGUGCGGAGGGCGAGAACAUGUUCAUCGAGUCUCUAUGCCAGACCAUCCUACCGAUCGAGGACCUGCUGUGGGUCCUCAACAACGACAACGUGGACAACGUGUACAAGAAACCCUUUCUUAAAUGCCUCCACCACGUGUACAUGAAGAGCGGCGAGACCACCGUCGAGACGGGGGCCAGCGAGCUCUCGCACUUCGGGGACAUUUGGCAGUUCAUGUCAACGGUAUCGGUCGAGAUGAACCGCCUCACUGACAGUGUUAAGGAGGACCCAGACAAGAUGGCAACCUACAUCAAGACGGCACCAGAGAAAAGUGGUAUCGCCGCCGCCCCUGACUUCGAGACCUCCUCCUACGGCAGCCUGUUGUACUUCCUGGAGGGCGUUCUUCCGUUCCUCGAGGCGUUCUUCCGGGACUUCUACUUCCCGGACCACUCCACGCACCCCAGUGAGCUGGACGAGACGGACCAUCUAGCGAAGGCCGUCGUGAUGUUCGGUGAGAUUCUGGGACCUCUCUUGUACAAGCCGCUUCACAUGAAGAAUCUCGUCAAUUGCAUCACCGUGCUUGUUCCUAUAUCCAACAUGCCAAACUCGAAUCUCGAGCACGUGCUAGACCGGUUUGCUUCCGGCAUCACCGCCGAAGACACGUCUAGUGCCAUCCGACGGGGGAACAUCGAGUAUUAUUCAGAUGAAGUGGAAAUCAACGCUCAGUUUAGGACGUUUGCCAAGAACUGCUCCAUAGUGUUCGCUGGGCACAACACGGUGCUUGCCCAGCUUAAGGUUAAAUCCAGCAGAGAGUACACGGACCUGGGUGGUGAUGAGGAGCUACCGUUGGGGGAAGAAUUCCAGAGCCUGGUAAAGUGCUUCAUUAACCAGAACGAGAAAAAGGUUAUCAAGAAAUACGAGUGGACGGCAAAACUCAUUGAGAACCUGUAUAUAUCCCUGGAGAAGAAGCGGAUUACGGAGCAUGCCCGCAUGGAGCUGGACGAGUUGAACAUCAAGUGUCUGCAGAUCCUGAGGGCCAUGAUUCACAACGAGGAGAGGCAACUUCCGGCCGACUGGGCAACCAGGACUACGGAGCACAACAUUUCAAAGUCACUGAAGGUUGUCAACCAAAUUCAGAAUUUCUACGACUCCAAACAGUCCAUGAUGAAAAUCCUCCCUCACCUAGCAACGCGUAACGAGGAGGUUGCUAAGGAGGUGCUCGGCUUUCUUUGCGUUAUGUUAUUUAACGCUAACCAUACAGUUCAGCAAUCCAUGUUGGAUUACUUCUUGUCGACCAGGGAAGAGGUGUUCUUCAUGGCGGUUCGAGACCGGAUGACUCUAUCUACGAACACCAUCAAAGAAAAGAGGUCACUUCAAGCACAGAUGGACGCACAGAAGAAAAAAGAUACUACCAGAACAGUCUCCAAGCGUGCCGCGAACACGUUUGUUGUGUCGAUACUCGCGCUUAAGCAAAUCCAGGCAUAUGAGGAUGCGUUAAAACAACAGCGGCUGAGCGGAUGGAAACCAAAGCGUGCAGCGCAAAAGAAGAAAAAGAAAUGCGCAGAGAAAGGUUCAAAGAAGAAAGAUGAGAAAGAAAGGAAAGUCAAAGAAAUCAAGGUCUCUGAUCAAUCGGCUAAGAAAGUAGUCAAUGGUUCCACUAAGGAAGUUGUUGCGCUAAUGGACAACGCGGCGUUUGAAGACACCGAAAUGACCGAGAUUAAAGUUCAGAGAAAGGGCAAAGAUGCGACAAAUGUUGAGGCUACAGAGGACGCUGCUGACGGGGAGGGGGAGGACGAGGCGGUCGAAUACCGUAACGAUGGUUACAUCGAGCUUGUUCUAAAGGUCAUGGCGAGAAUGUGCGACGGACAAAACCAUUAUUUACAAGAUUAUCUUAGAGAGCAGCCCGACAAUGUGAAAUCUUUCAACAUUAUUGGAGAGGUCACACAAUUUCUAAAUGUCAUAUACUCUAACAUUACGCCUAAGAGUAUUGACUUGAAUAUCCAGAUCUUCGAUACAAUGAACGAAUUUACAGCUGGUAACCAAGAGAACCGGAUUGUUAUAUAUGACAAUAAGAUUAUCGACUACAUCAACUUCAUCAUGCGAGCUGGGGACUUUGAGGAUUGUCCACAAGAUAAGAUCCUUCGUCUACGAGAAAGCAUCUCCAAUCUCGUACUGUCGUUGAUUGAAGAAAACGGAGCCGGAAAAACACAAGUUGCUCAAGAAGUGAAAGACACAUUGGACAAGAAGGCGGUCGUGGCUCUGAUGACGGAAUGCUUCGAGAACCACGGCAUCGACAGAAAGAAGCUGGAGGAGAUGAAGUAUAUUCAGUUGGAAGGCGUGCCGCCUCCGUCCAAGAACAACGCGUUGUCGGGGGCCAAAGAUAGGCUGAUGAAGGGACUAGGGAAGCAAGAACGUAAUGAGUUUGCUGAGGAGUACGAGGACGUGGGGUACAGGCUCUUCCUGAUCCUGGCUCGAAUGACGGACAUCGACCCAAAACUUAUGGACACUUUGAAACUAAACCCACUUCAACAAAAAGCCUUCAACUUCUACAAAAAGAACUGUAUGUCUAUUGAAAUCGUCAAAGACGACGAGUUGCAAAAAGCCAACUUUAGAGUCAAAAGCAAGCGCGUGCUGCGGGAGGAGGUGAAGGAGAUGUUGAAGUGGAACGUUGACCGCUCGUCGCCUAGCAACAAGAUCCGGGACCUCAUGGCCUGGUCCAAUGACAUCAUGAAGGACAUCGCCUAUCAGAGGAAGAUCCUCAGCAAUCCGCUGGCUAUCGUGCUGACGAAGGGAUGGCUGGUUUGGAACCAUCUGGUGACGGUGUUGUCGUUUGCCAUCAACAUUCUGAUGCUGCUUACGUGGGACGCCAAAAUGUCCAUGUCCUCGCCGGGGAUGGCGAAAAAUUCUUCCGUGAUUCCAUAUGCCGUCAGAGACCCCAUACCAAACAUACGGAAUCUGAGCCAGGACCAGUACAAGCUUGCCAUAUACAUUCUCGGCGGACUCCACAACUUCUUCUGCCUGCUCGUGUUUAUCAGCUACUUUGUGGGCAACCAUCCGCGCCUGCCCAACCCCAAGGCUAUGCUAGAGUCUGUCAAGUCCUUCAUUUACACACCAAAGGGCAAGGAGGAGGACGUGGACAAAGAAAAAGAAAAGCAGCACGUGUCAAAGAUGGACGCUAAGCUGUUCAGCUUCAGCACUAUAUACUACAUGGCUUUCGUCGGUCUGUCAGUGGGCGGUACCCUGUUUCACGGCUACUUCUUCGCCUUCCAUCUCCUGAACAUCGUCAACAACAAUCAGCUCUUGAGCGGGGUCAUCAAGGCCGUCACACAGAAUGGUCGGUCGCUGGUGUGGGUGGGAAUUCUGGGCCUGGUGGUGUUCUACUUGUACGCCAUCGUCAGCUUUGCCAUGAUGCGCAGCAUGUUCAACCCGGGUGACUACAUGUACUGCGACAACCUGUGGCAGUGUACCAUCACCGUCAUCAGAUACGGGCUCAUCGGGGACCUCUUUGAAAAUCUGCGUGCGCACGAGACGGAGAAAGACUUCCGGAUGUUCGGCCUCGUUGUAGUGUACCACGUGACCUUCUUCAUCUUCAUCACGACCAUCGGUCUUAACAUCAUCUUCGGUAUCAUCGUGGACACCUUCUCGGAACUUCGAGAUCUGAAGUGGACCUCCGAGUCUGACAUGCGGGACACGUGCUUUAUCUGCAGUAGGAACAGCUACGACUUUGAACAUCAUGGCCAGGGGUUCGAGCAUCAUGUCCGCCAAGAGCACAACAUGUGGUCGUAUAUUUUCUUCUUCAUCCAUCUCAACGGGACGAAGAUCAAUGACUACACGGCUCUAGAGAUGUUCGUCUACAAACUAUUACUGAAGGAGAACUAUGACUUCUUCCCGCUGGACCGCGCCCUGUCGCUGGCGGCCAUGGGUCAGGACUCAACAGAGGCCAAGAUAGACGACCUCCUGUUCCAGGUCACCUCCAUCGUGGACAAGCAGAAGCGAGAGGAGUUGGAAAAGAAACGAUAUGAAGAGCGUAUGAGGCAGAAGGCAUGGGAGGAGAAAUACCGCCUCGGGUCCUUCCGCAAAAAGGCCAAAGUGCCUCCACGUUCGGCGUCAGAGGAUAAUCUGUCGAUACGGGGAGGCGACGAUGACGACCAGCCAGGUCAGGCCACACUCCAGCUGGCGAUAGAAAGCCCACCGCAGCUUCUGUCACCAAGCUACUCCCGCCGACAGAGUCUUACAGGCGUAACAAUGAGGCGUCCCUCUAUCGUCGCGAGCGGUCCGGGUGGGCGCCCAUUACGCGACCGACGCCGACGAAGCGUCAGCCCCAUGGACCCGCGCGACGCUCUCUUUCGGCGGCGGUCGCCGUCUCGCUACGAGGACGACCAUGAACCGCUUAUAGGCGGCGGUUACGGCUACGACGAACGAGUUCAGAGCCCGACCGUGUUCGGCGUUGACAACGACUUACUGGAUAUCGCGCCGGUUUCCAUGAGUCGACGUCAGUCGUUCGACCGCAUGCGCAGUCCACGGAUGAGUCUCGCAACCAGUCCGAGGGAGCACACGUCGUUCUUCGCCGAGUCGGACCCGAUGCCGUACUUACGUCACCUCUCGCAUCAGUACUCGCAGGAGCGGCGGCUGUCGCAGACGUUCCCGGAAGGUCGACCUCUGACCUUGCCGCCGGACCGCCUACCGGAUGUAGACAGGGAGCGCGACGCCGACAGCGUGACGUCUGACGACAUUAUCCCGGAGACGAGAUUUUAA